AUGUCAGGACCAAAGGCACCAACAGGCGCAGCUAGUAAACCACUAGAGCCCACCAAGUAUGAUCUACAAGUAGCCCUCAGGCGGUUUCAGGAAGCUUUUCUGCUCUAUCCGUCGGGUGUCGUCGACGUGCCAACGCUUGCGAAAAUGUCCGAGUACAGAUGUGCCAACAGGGACAUAUCUUCCGAAGAAACUUCUCUGGAACAAGAAGACGCUACUGUGGUACCUCUCAGGAAAUCCGUCGUCGUUGACUCUGGCCCAAACAAAUUCGGCCUGCUGGAUCUUACACGACCAAUAAACAGCCAAAUAAUUCUCGUGAAGCACCAUCUUUGGGGCUAUCGGAACCAUGAGCCGAGAGGCAUCUCACUCUUCCAUACACUGCUUCAUGAAAUAGGCCACGCCCUUGGAUUACCACACAAUUUCUACAGAGGGUGA